AUGCCAGACAAAGCAAACACAUCAUCGACGGCAGCUUCUUUGACACCAGCUUCCGAGACUGCUGAAGAGUUUGAUGAUGAAAGUGAAGAAGAGAGCAAGAUACGAGUGCGAUUUAAUGUUCGUGGUCUCUUACGAGUUUUUACAGCUGAUUUUUAUUGUUGUGGAUUGCAACAACAAAUUCGCGCUUCAUCUUUGGGCUCGAAGCACGCUGGCGAAGGUGACGAUAACGACAAUUGGACAAGAACUUCGCGUCAACUCUUACGACCUGCAGAUCAAAUGGAUCUCACUGAAACGGAAUUGUCGGAAGAAAUCCCAAAAAUUUUGUCCACAGAGAAUCGACAUUUGCCACAAAAUCUUGUAAUUUACAGCUUCAAAGAAGGCGCUUACAUUCCCAUCCCCAAAUCAACAAAUGUUGUGACAAUCUUCGAAUGUGAAGGUUCUGCAAUUCAUAUCGAAAGUGCUGAGGCAAAAGCCCAAAUUGCAAGAGAUGGGGUUGACCCACGUAUUGCUGAAUUAAAAUCUGGCACUCAAACUGGAGCAACAACCCCAGAUUUAAUCGAUCGACCUGAGGGAACACCAGAACAAGGUGAAGGUGAAGGAUCUGAGGCUGGAGGUGAAGUGGAAGUUGAAGGAGAAGAAGAACAUAAAGAAGUGGCAGUUGGAACAACUGGAGGUCCCAAGAAGAAACUCACAAAUCAAUUUAAUUUCUGUGAACGAGCUGCUUUAACAUGCAGCAAUCCAUCGCGAUCAGUUGAAACACAAACCGUGCCACCACCACGUUCACAAUUUGGUGCAAAUGUUGUUCAAUGGCACAUUUAUGAUUCUUACAAUGAAGACUUUGAUCGACAAACACGUGAAAAGGAAAAAGAAAUGAUGAAGGAAAAGAAACCAGGAUUACAAAAGCAUGCAGAACUGAAACGUGGUGAUGCUAAGAACAAAGCAACAGAAGAAUUCAAUCGGAAAUAUCUUCAGAAAUGUCAAAUCUUGGAACGAAUGGUGAAUCAAAAUAUUUUCGAUGAUAUCGCUCACGGUUGGUUGAAAAGUUUUUUAACAAUUUCCACACUGACAAUUCUUAUUAAAGAUUUCAGAUAUUAUGAAGACCCAUCGGAUGAAUUUCGUGAAGAUGAUGGAACUUUAUUGCCAUUGUGGAAGUUUACAUAUGAUAAAUGCAAGAAAAUGAGUGUCACUGACAUUUGUCUCAACACUCAUUACUUCGAUCUGUAUGCAGUUUGCUUUGGAUCAUUUGAGUUCAUCAAACAAGUGUCUGAAGGUUGUGUUUGUUUGUUUUCGAUUAAAAAUCCAUCCUUUCCUGAAUAUCGAAUCACAACUGAAUCUGGCGCAAUGUGUUGUGAUGUUCACAAGAAAUAUCCUUACUUGAUAGUCAUCGGUCAAUAUGAUGGAAAUGUUUGUGUCUACAACUUACAAAUGGGUACCAAAGAACCAGUUUACGUAUCACAAGGUGUAAAUGGAAAACAUUCAGAAGCUGUCUGGGAGAUUAAAUGGGGUGAAGACAUGCAAGAUGGCGAGAUUAAUUUUUAUUCAUUGUCAUCAGACGGUCGUGUGUUCAAUUGGGUUUUAAUGCAGAAUAAAUUGACACUCACAACGAUUAUAACUUUAUACUUGGACGUGCCACCUGUUUGUGGACCUGACGGAACGAUGAUUAAGUUGAAAGCAAGCGGAACUUGCAUGAUGUUCCAUCCAACCAAUAAAGAAAUCUUUCAAGUUGGAACUGAAGAUGGUUUGAUAUUCAAAUGCAGCACUGCUUAUAGCUCCAAAUAUCUGAUGGUUUACCAAGCGCAUUAUCUCUCAGUUUAUCGAAUGGAUUACAAUAAAUUCAACUCGAAUAUUUUUGUGUCAUGUUCAGGUGAUUGGCGUGUGAAAAUUUGGGAAGACAUGAGAAACGAUCCGCUGUUUAUUUUUGAUCUUGGUGCUAGUGUUGGUGACGUCAAGUGGGCACCAUAUUCGAGCACUGUCUUUGCUGCUGUCACAAGUGAAGGUCGUGUCUUUGUCUUUGAUUUGAACGUCAACAAAUAUAAAGCAAUUUGUUCGCAACAAGUUGUGCCACGCAAGAAGAAUAAACUGACACGCAUCACUUUCAACAACAAGCUUCCGUUCCUAAUUGUCGGUGAUGACAAGGGCACAUCAAUCACUUUGAAGUUGUCACCGAAUUUGAGGCUACUUUGUAAACCACCUAAGAAGCAAGGAUGGAUGGAUCAGCACACACUUCAAGUUCAGAAACUUGACCGAUUGUUGUCGCUUGUUAGAGAACUGCCUGAAGGUGGACAAAGCACUGAAAACGAUCCGGUAGACGACGCAACUUCCAAUUAA